AUGGGAACCUCGAUACGAUCGUCGGCCUGGUGGCGCGGCUCGUGGAGGUGGCGCGAGCUGGAUAGAGUGUCUCGACAGGAGAGAAGCAGCGACGCUGGCAGGAGUCUCUAUAUUAUGAUACCAGUGUGGAAGAACUGUUUCUGACCGAUGUUCAAAACUCUAGUUCUGUAGCUCUAGUCUAUAGAGUUAGACAUGGCAGAGGCUCAGGAGGUUCCGCAGUCUGUGUAUAUCCAGCACCAGUACAUGUGUUCAGAGUGUGGACAACUGUACAACAGCUUGGCGGAUGUUUUGGUUCAUCAGCAGAGCCACGUUGUGAUACAGAGUUAUGAAGUUACAGGAAUUACUGAGUCAAAUGCAGAUGGAGAAAUUCAGGCUUUGACUGUCCAGGAGAACCAGUACCAGUGCCUUGAAUGUGGGGCAUUGUUAGUCACACCUGCUGAACUCUUACAGCACCAGGAGAUGCACUUAAGGGUUUUGUCCCAAGGAUCAGACUUGCAGACUGCAGUACCAAAGUCCAUGGCUACAAGUCAAAUACGGUAUGAAUGUGGAGAAUGUAAAGCACUUUUUGAUAGCCCAGAAAUGUGGCUUUCCCAUCGGCAUUCUCAUGUUAGUGAGCAACCUCAAAAUGUAUUUGCAGGUUUACCUGCAGCUCAGAUGGAUGUGGGCUUAUCAGGUGUAGUGUCUCAGCCUGAAAGCAAGGAGACAUUAACUGUAAGGGAAACCUUUGUGCAAAAAAUAAAUGACGUAGAUAAGGGCUUAUCAGGUGUAGUGUUGUCGCAGCCUGAAAGCAAGGAGACAUUAACUGUAAGGGAAGCCUUUGUGCAAAAAAUAAACGACAUAGAUAAGUUACAGGUCCAAAAUAUCAAUCCUUUUUGUAAAGUGUCUUCAAACCAGAACUGGGAUUCUGUUAAUCGAGAACACUCUUACAAGAAAAUGGACAACGAUGAGUUACAUCAGCUGUCUGUUCCCAAUGAAGUGCACAUUUAUAAGCGCCUAGAAUGCCCAGAUGUUUUUCGUGUUCCUCAGGAGUUUAUGGAUCACCAGUUAACACAGUUCAAGACAGCAGACAAAGAAAGUUUAGAGACAUCAGUACCAUUUGUUUCUGGAAGCCAAGAAUUCCAGGUUACAUUGCACAGUAAUACGGUAAAGGAGAUAGAAAUGCAGAAGUCCACAGAAGUACAGGAUCAGUCACUAGUGACAAGUACCUCGGCUAAAGAGAGUGCAGGUGUUGAACUUGUCACUGUUGACAGUUGUGCAGGGAAACUGCCAUCCUGUCCUUUGGAAAAAUCACUGGUGAAGGUAGAUGAAAAGGCAAAGUCCUCUAACAAGCCAAAGUCCUAUAAAUGUUCUAGUUGUCCUAAGGAGUUUUUCACUUCAGAAGAGAUGAAAAAGCAUGAAAAGGACCACAGUGGGAAAGAAUACAAAUGUUCAGAUUGCCACAGCAUAUUUCCAUCUUCCAGUUCACUUCAGUGGCACAAGCAGUGUGAGAAUGAAGGGGCACACAAGUGUUGCUUGUGCAGUAAAGUUUUCAAAAAAGCAUAUUCAUUGAAAGAACAUAUGAAGGUUCAUAGUGAAGAAACGCGCUUUCUGUGCAUUGAUUGUGGAUUGGGAUUUAGCACAGAAGGGAUUCUUCUUGCGCAUCGACGGAGCCACACACCUAAUCCUUUCCAUCGCUGUGAAUGUGGCAAAACUUUUCUUAAUAUGACAAAAUUUCUCUACCACAGACGCAGCCAUUCAGGUAAAGGUGAAGAUGCUUCAUCAAGGGAAAGGGCAGAAGAACAAAAACUGGAGAUUGCAACUGCUCAGAAAGCACAUUUAGGCUCUGAACCUGCUAGAUGUCUUCCAGAUAAAGGGGAAGCUAGCCCAGCAGAACCAGAACUUGUACAGGCAGGUAGCUCCACAGAGGAAGAUGGGCAGACCCUUGGAUGUGAAGUCUGUGGAAAAGAGUUUUCCAAACGCAUACAGCUAGCUCGUCAUCAGAGGUUUGUGCAUACGCUUGAAAGAAGACACAAAUGUCAGAUUUGUGGCAAAAUGUUCAAAAAGAAAUCUCAUGUUAGGAAUCACUUGUUAACUCACACUGGUGAACGUCCAUUUCAAUGUAAGGAGUGCGGCAAGUCUUUCAAUUCUCAAGCCAACCUUUUGCGUCACAAACUGACUCAUACUGGUGAAAAGCCUUAUAAAUGUGCACUGUGCAACAAAGCUUUUACUCAGUCAUCCAGUCUCCAGCAACACAUGUUUGUGCAUAAUCAUCAUUAUCCUUACGAAUGUGAAGAGUGUGGCAUAAGCUUUCAUAGACCAUAUAGGCUAUUGCUUCAUCGCUACCAUCACACAGGAGAAUAUCCUUACAAGUGUAAAGAAUGUGAUAAAUCUUUUCUGCGUAAGAGACUGCUUGAGGUGCACCAGCUUAGCCACAUGGGGCAGGAGCCUCACCGCUGCCAAGAAUGUGGAACCAUGUUUGCCAAUGCUGUGAAACUUCAGGAACACAAGUGCAAACAUGGGAAUGAAACAUUUGAGUGCACAAUUUGUGGCAAGAAGGUUAGCUCUGCUGUCAAAUUGAAAGUACAUGAGCUGACGCAUGCCGGAAAGAGACCAUAUUGUUGCAAGCAGUGCAGCAAAAGUUUUAGCAGUGAGGCAAAUCUGUUGGUGCAUGAACGGAGGCAUGUAGGCGGCAGAGUUUUCAGGUGUGAUGACUGUGGGAAAGUCUUCAGCACAGAGACUUCUCUUCAGGUUCACAGAAGGAUUCACACAGGUGAAAGACCUUACCCCUGCCCUGACUGUGGUAAGGCCUUUCGUCAGUCAACGCAUUUGAAGGACCACAGACGACUGCACACUGGUGAGAAGCCCUUUAAGUGUGAAGAGUGUGGCAAAGCUUUCACCCUUUCUGUGCGUCUUGCUGAACAUAGACGUAUCCACACUGGUGAAAGACCAUAUACUUGUACAGAGUGCGAAAAGACAUAUCGGACAUUUUCAAACUUGUGGAAGCACAAGAAAAUCCACAGCAACCGCAUUAGGAGCAGUCUGUCUCCAGCAGACUUGAACAAUGAAUAUAGCAAUGCAAUUGCUAUCAUACAAACUGUUGAGCCCAUCUCUGUAGUGGAGGGGAUUGAGAUUUACCAAGCAACAUUUGAUGGAGAUAUACAAGUACAAGAUCUUCAUCUUGAAAAUGUAACUGUUGAAAAUGUGCAGGUGGAAAAUCUUAAAGUAGAUGGCUUGCAGACUCUGACAUUUGUAGAGAAUACUUGACAUUAAGGUUAUUUGGAGUCAUUGGGUUGUUUUGUGUAUAUUUUUGUCUUAUGGUACAUAGUGUUAUGAGGGUAAAUGAAUUUAAGUAUAAAA